AUGCGAGAGGAGCUGGAGCGGCAGGUCGCCGGCUGGCAGCUGGGCGGCGAGCGCGCAGUGGAGAGCGAGGCGCUCUGGCGGCGGUACGAGGCGCUGACGGCGCCGCUCUCGCAGGAGCUGUGCGAGCAGCUGCGGCUGAUCCUCGAGGCGACGGUCGCGAGCAAGCUGCAGGGCGACUACCGCACGGGGAAGCGCAUCUCGAUGCGCAAGGUGAUCCCGUACAUUGCCUCCGGCUUCCGGAAGGACAAGAUCUGGCUCCGCCGCACAAAGCCGUCCCAGCGGCAGUACCAGGUGAUGCUCUGCAUUGACGACUCAGAGUCGAUGCGCUCGACGGGCGCGGGAGGGCUGGCGUGCGAGGCGCUCGCGCUGCUGUGCGGCGCCCUCUCGCGCCUCGAGGUUGGGCAGCUCGCCGUCGCCUCUUUUGCCGAGCGGGUGCGGCUGCUGCACCCGUUCGACCGGCCCUUCUCGGCCGAGGCGGGCGCGUACAUGCUGUCGCGCUUCUCGUUUGCGGAGAAGGAGACCGACAUGGAGGGCCUCCUCCGCACGGUCGUGCAGACGCUGCGUCUCGCGCGCGAGCAGCAGCGCGCCGCGGCGGAGCAGAUGCAGCUCGCCAUCAUCGUGUCGGACGGCCGCCGCUCGCCGUCGUGGGGCGACCCGUCGCUCUGGGUGCGGCGGGCGGCGGAGGAGAACAUCCUCCUCUGCUUCGUCAUCGACUCGAUCCUCGAGCUCAAGUCGGUCAGCUACCCCGGCGGCAAGCUCACCAUCUCGAGCUGGAUCGACGCCUUCCCCUUCCCGUACUACAUCGUGCUGCGCGAGCUGCGCGCGCUGCCGCACGUGCUCUCCGACGCGCUCCGCCAGUGGAUCGAGCUCGUGAGUGGGAUGAGCUGA